CGAGAAGCAGAGCGAGGGGGUGAGGACGAUCCCACCUUCCACAUCUGCUUUCCUGGUUUGCAGCGUAGUCCUCUGCCUUCCAGGAGUCUGGCGUCGUCACUGUAGCCCUGGAAGAUAGAUCUCCCUGAAGGGGCCUCUCCUUCCAGAGGUCAAGAAGGGUUAAGAAGAAGGUGUUGGGGGCCUACCUCCUCACCCAGCUCAGAAAGGACUUAUCUUACUUCUCAGCUGGACCUCGUUCCAACUCUGUGAAGGUGGAUCUACAGAGAACCAGAGGACACCACCAAGAGGAGCCCAGAGCAGCGCUCAGGCAGUUGCCCCAGCCCAGGGCCAGCGCCUGCUCAUCAGGAAAGGCAGCCUCAUGCUGGGCCCUCACUUCCCACCACAGCCCCUGGGGCCUGGAGAAGGGAGGCCUACCCCCUGCACCUUCCAGAUCCCCGAUGGGAGCUACAGGUGCCUGGCCCUGGAGGCCGAGGAGAGCGGCAGUGAAGAGGGCCUGCAGGGAGAGGCGGGGCCCAUGGACCUGGAAGACAACAAGGUGGCCAGCAGCAACAGCAGCAGCAGCAGAGACAACUCUGCCUGCAGAGCCACCCAAGGGCUGCCACAGAUGUCCAGAGCCCUGGGCAUUCAGCCAUCCAGCUGCUCCAGGGAAGCACGAGAGGGGUCCCAGCAUGACAACAGGGCCAACCAGGAUUGGGAUAUGGUGAAGGCCCGGCAGGUGGUGACAGUCAGCCCCAGCCCCGGCCCUGGGCCCAGGGUGGCCCAGAAACCAGCACUGGGCCGGAGCACUAGCUUCACUGAGAAGGAUCUGAAAGAGGCCAAGGCUCUGAGCCAGCAGAUUGCAGCCCAGCUGACCACCCCUCCCAGCUCCAAUUCCCGAGGCGUCCAGCUCUUCAACAGGCGCCGGCAGAGAGUGAACGAGUUCACUUUGGAAAGCCACGGCCAGAGGGUACAGAAGCCUGGCCAGGAGUCCCCCAGAGAGCCCUCUGCAAGCCCCCCAGGCCAUGCCCCAGGUCUCAACUUGAGUUCCACCUUGCUGCCCAAGCCAGGCCCUUCCAGGCACCCAGACCCUGAGACCCGCCACAGAGGGGUCUCUGCACCCAGGAUGGAGGGGUACUCAGAAGAGACCAGCCUGCUGCAGCACCUGGAGAAGAUGGCCAGUGAGGAGGAAGAGGUACCACUGGUGGUUUAUUUAAAGGAGAACGCAGCCCUGUUGACGGCCAAUGGGCUUCAUCUGUCCCAGAACAGAGAGACCCAAGAGUCCUCGCCCAGCCCUCCUCCAGCGGAAGUCCACAGCCCAGCUACAGAUGUCAACCAAAACCUUUCCUCGCCCAGUGCCGUGCUCACCACACCAGCUCCUAACAGCAACCGCAACCUGCCAGCCACCGAUGUCAAUCAGAACCCCCCAGCAACCGUCACCCCCCAGAGCCUGCCGUGUUCUAGCACCCAACAGAAUUCCCCUGAGGCACAGUGCUCACAGAAUGGCACGGUGCCAGAUUCCAAACCCAGCACCCUGUGUGCCGAUGGGCAGCCCCAGGCACCGCUGGAGGAGGUGAGAUCCGGUAUGCUCCUGAUUGACAAGGUCUCGACUCCACCUUCUGCCACCAGCACCUGCUCCAGAGAAGCUACUCCCAUCCAGGGCUCUGGGCCGCUGACCUCAGAUUUCAUGUCCAGCUCCCUGCUCAUCGAUGUGCAGCCCAGCACCCUAGUGAUGUCAACGGAACAAGAGAUGACUGCCCGGCCAGCAGCCACUACACCCACCAAGGUGUACAGCGAGGUCCAUCUCACGCUGGCCAAGCCCCAGUCGGUGGUGAACAGGACGGCCAGGCCUUUUGGGAUCCAGGCACCAGGGGGCACUAACCAAAUAGAGCGGAGCCCCAUGCUGGAGAGACGACACUUUGGGGAGAAGGCCCCUGCUCCCCAGCACCCCACCAUGGUAGAUAGGAGUCCCCGGCCACAGAGACAUGUCAUGUCCCACAGCCCCAUGGUGGAAAGGAGGCUGGUGGGGCAGCGAAGCCCGGCCUUGGAGAGACGCCCCUUGGGGAACUUCACCCCACCGCCCACCUAUGCAGAGACCUUGUCCGCGGCACCCCCGGCUUCCCGGGUUAGGUCUCCCCCGUCUUAUUCUGCCCUGUACCCUAGCUCCGACCCCAAGCCUUCUCAUCUGAAGGGCCAGGCGGUUCCCGCCAGCAAGACGGGCAUUUUGGAGGAGUCGAUGAUCCGCAGAGGCAGUCGAAAAUCCAUGUUCACCUUUGUGGAGAAGCCAAAGGUCACCCCCAAUCCAGACCUGCUGGACCUGGUACAGACCGCGGAUGAGAAGCGGAGGCAGAGGGACCAAGGCGAGGCCGGUGUGGAGGAGGAGCCCUUCGCGCUGGGGGCGGAGGCGUCCAACUUCCAGCAGGAGCCAGUCCCUCGGGACAGGGGCAGCCCUGCAGCCGCGGAGGAGGCUGUCCCCGAGUGGGCUUCCUGCCUCAAGUCGCCCCGUAUCCAGGCCAAGCCCAAGCCCAAACCCAACCAGAACCUCUCGGAGGCCUCCGGGAAGGGGGCUGAGCUUUACGCCCGCCGCCAGUCGCGGAUGGAGAAGUAUGUCAUUGAGUCUUCAGGCCACACUGAGCUGGCCCGCUGCCCUUCACCCACCAUGUCCCUGCCUUCCUCCUGGAAAUACUCCACGAAUGCCCCCGGCUUCCGAGUGGCAUCCCUAAGCCCAGCGCGGACGCCCCCUGCCUCCCUCUACCAUGGCUACCUGCCUGAGAAUGGGGUCCUGCGUCCAGAGCCCACCAAGCAGCAGCCCCCAUACCAGAUGCGGCCCUCUCUCUUUGUCCUCUCACCCAUCAAGGAACCUGCCAAGGCCUCCCCUCGAGCUGCCUCAUCAAGAGCUGCCUCCUCAAGAGCCUCUUCACCAAGAGCCGCCUCCCCUGCCAAGCCCAGCUCCCUGGACCUAGUGCCCAACCUGCCCAAGGCGGGUCUCCCACCGUCUCCUGCACUGCCUCGGCCUUCGCGAUCCUCCCCAGGCCUCUACACCUCACCUGGCCAGGACGGCCUCCAGCCCACUGCCGUGAGCCCCACCUAUAGCAGCGAUAUCUCCCCCGUGUCUCCCUCCCGGGCAUGGUCUCCCCGCGCCAAGCAGGCUCCCAGGCCCUCCUUCUCUACCCGGAACGCAGGGAUCGAGGCUCAGGACCGCCAAGAGAGCCUGCCCAUUUCCCCGCCCUGGACGCCCAGCGCGUCCCGGCCCCCCAGCAGCCUGGACGGCUGGGUGAGCCCAGGACCGUGGGAGCCGGGCCGCGGGAGCAGCAUGGGAAGCCCCCCGCCGCUGCCGCCGCCGCCCAUGUCUCCCUCGUGGAGCGAGCGUUCAGUAUCUCCGCUGAGAACCGAGACCGAGGUGCGUCCGCCCAGCCGCCAGCUGCAAGCGCUCCUGGCGCGAAACAUCAUCAACGCGGCCCGGCGCAAGAGCGCCUCCCCGCGGCCAGCGGGCGUCGAGAGUCUGAGGCCCUUCUCUCCUCCCGGGGUGCCGCCGCCGCCGCCGCCGCCACCGCGCAUGCGCUCGCCGCAGCCCACCCGCUCCAACCCAGGGGUAUCGAGGGGGGCGGCGUUCACGCCCAUUCCGCCGAGCCCCUUGCUGGCCGGGCCCGGGUCCUGCGCCAGUCCCCGGAGCCCAGUGCCUGCGCCGCCUAGGCCCUUUCCCUAUCGCCGCUCACCCACGGACUCCGACGUGUCCCUUGAUUCCGAGGACUCUGGAGUUAAAUCGCCUGGCAUCCUCGGCUACAACAUCUGUCCCCGAGGAUGGAACGGUAGCCUGAGGCUCAAACGCGGCAGCCUCCCCACCGAGACCUCCUGCACCACCUAAAGCCCCACCCGGGAGGGCCCAGCAGUAAGAGAAGUCAUCAGUGUUGGGGAAUCCCCGCACCACGACCCCAACGGAUCUGGCCUCAUUGAAUAGCCCCAGAGCUAAGUGGUCAGAAAAGAGCGUUUUGGGCUCUUGGAUGGAGUAGGUACCCAAGCUUGGGUUUUAAUCCAGGCUGUAUCAUUCAGUGGUAUGACCCUGGGCUAGACCUUUCCUCCGUCUGACCCUCAGCUUUCUCAUCUGUUUAAUGCAGCUUUGGACAAGGCCGUCGCCAAACAUCUAAAUUUCUCCUUCUUUCAAACACACACACACACACACACACACACACACACACACAGACGUGCCUUGGAGGGUUCAGUUGUGCAUAUGGACCCUUGGACUUGCUGCAUUCCAGGGUUCCACACCCCUUCUUGGCUCUUUGCUCUCUGGAGCAAAUAAGGGGUAUAUUCAUAAGAACCUAGGCUAUGUCCCCAGUCCAGGCCCUGACUUGACCACCCACCUCCCUGGCACCAAGUCCCAGGCAGGAGCAGCUGUUUUCCAUCACUUCUCGGACAAGCUCUAUUUUUACCCAGUGACCUUUAGAGAGAUCUCCCAAGCCAGCUCAAGGUGCCUUACUAGUUCCUCUGGAGAAAAGGAGCAGGAAGAUUCUUCCUGGGUCUUGUCACACUACUUUCUCCAUCCCAGGUCAUCUCUUCUGCAGCCAGGACAAUAAUUUUCUGCAGUCUUGGGCCUCCAACCUGCCUGUCUUCUGGGCCUGUUCAUGGCAGGUUCUGGUCUCAAAGCUGGGCUGAAGAGAGAAGAAGAAAUAGAGUUACCCUCUGGCCUUACCUAUUGCCCUCAGUUUGGAGCUGCCCAUUUGGAAAGAGAGAGGCAAAAAGUACCUUGUUAUAGAAAGUAUGCAAGCCAGGAUGCACAAAGGAGAGUCUAACAGGAGAUAGAUUGUCUCAGAUCACCUCCAAGGGCUCUCCCAGUCCUCAGAUGCGUUACAUGGUAUUAGGAAGUGGGAAGGGUGGUUGUCACAGAUCUGCUGAGCUUGAAUUCAGGGGCAGAUGAGCUUAGGUAGUAAGUGAAGGAUUAGGCCAGAGUCAGCCUAGGUUCUGGCCACUUAGGAAGUGCCUCCCUCUUCAGUUUUAGGCCACAGCCCCAGUGUCCUUAUCAUAACCAGAGGAGUGGGCACUGUCCCACCCAACUCUUUAUCAUUGCAGUCUGGCCUAGCUCAUGCCUGGUCCCAGUGACCUUGAGGAGCCUAGCUACAGGCCCUAGCCAUCCUUCUUAGCUGAUUCUAGUCCCUAGGAGGGAACUGGAGAGGAAUGUGGCUGUUCUGUAGUUUCCAGAGCUGAGUGGUGGGGUCCUCUAGAAGUUCAGAUGAUCAGAUUCAGAAUACUUUGCCAGGAUGCAGCAGAAUGGUAGCUGAAACUGGUUGAGCAUCAAGUAUAUGUAGGAGAAAGAAUAUUAGGAUGUUGCUAAAGGUGAGGAACAGUAUGAUUUGGGGUUAAGGGUAGACUUACCCACCCAGCAGAGUAACAUUAGUCAUAGAAUCUUCCAUGUAAGGCUAGGGAAAGCAAGGGUCAUGAUGGAAGAGAAUCAGGAUUGGGAUGGGGCACACUUUGGAAUAAAGGAGUGAUCCCAGAGGGUUCUUAGGGCCUGGGGACAUAUGCCCUGUUGGUAGGAAGAUGAGAUGGGACUCCUCCUCAUUUAAUAAGUGACUACAUUUAUCAAAGCCCCCUACCUGCAGGGACCCUUGUAGCAUAGGAAACCAGGGCUAUGAGUACCUCCUCCUAGAGAAGAGAAACUGAGGCCUCUGGCUGAUGCAGUGGCAAAGAGGAACCAUUUCUAACUGCAUUUCUCCACAGAGCCAGCAGGAGGCAGCCUUGGGAAGCUGCAGUUCUUUCUCUGACUGUUCUCUCCUUAGGAUUGCCUUCUCCCUGACCCUCUCCUCUAACCGUUAUAAGAGAUUGCUUGUGUACUGCCUCUAACCUCCAGUAGAAUUCAGCUAAAUAAAUGCUUCCUGCAUUCUUC